UUGAAACGUUCUCUCGGUCGGGGACACUUGUUUUAUGUCUUCAUUUUCAAAUUUCACUUAUCCGGAAAUCUAAACUGGUUAGGGGCGUAUUUUUGAAUGGAAAACCUAUGGUUCCGCUGGGAAUAUAGAUUUUUGUAUAUUUCUAAAAGAUUUUUGUAUAAGAUUACGACACAUCGGAUCCUACUCCCAAAUUCUGUAAAUCCUUGUUGCAACCAAUCUGUAUAUUUCUAAAGAUUUUUGUAUAAGAUUACGACAUCGGCUCCUACUCCCAAAUGCUAUGUUAACCAAUUUGCAUGAAACAUGUAGAUUUCUAAAGAUUUCGACAUCGGCUCCUCUUUGACAGCUGUCAUGCGUCGUGCACGUUUUCGCGCAUGUCUUCCGAAUCACUGCCAUCUGCUCGAUAGAGGGGCGGGUGGUUUCUAGAGUAUAAAUGGAGCUUCUUUUCGGAUUUUCUUUUACUGAUACAAUUUCACAAGUCUCCUUCCCUUUUGAAUGAUCGCCUUUGCCCACUGGGACCUGUCACCAAUUGUUGCGAAAUAGUCUCAUUGCGAAAUAGUUUCAUUGCGAAAUUUGUUGAAGCUCAUUCUAUGACCAUGAAAAUCUUGCUAGAAGCUCCGCCCUUUUUUCCAAAUCUCACGUCAUUUGCGUUUUGAAACGUUAUCUCGGUCGGUGACACUUGUUUCAUGUCUUCAUUUUCAAAUUUCACUUAUCCGGACCCUAGUCCCGGAAAUGUGUUUUGGAACUUUAACGAUAAUCCCCAACUCCUUUCACCCCAAAAUUUACAAUUUUCACCGUUAGAAAAUGUUCCCAAUGAUCAUAUUCCUGAUAUUCAUAUUCCUAUCGAUCCCGAACCAGUGUGUGUAAAGAAGAAAAAGAAAAACGUACCAGCAAAAACGAAUACGACCAAAUCUGGAAAGCCGCUUGAGAAAAAAGAUCCUGAGUUUGCUUUCCGGAAAAUGGAACCACUCGUCGCAAUAAUAUUUUGUAAGACUUGUCAGGACGGUGCACAAUAUGAUGGAUCAACUUUGAAAAUUGACGUUUGUAAGAAAUGCCGUAAAAAAUAUUGGAAAUUAUAAAAUUUGAUUGUUGUUGUCUUAUUAAUUUAAUCAACUGAAUAAAUAUUUACAAAAAAAA